AUGGUAAAGGUUCUUGCCCCAACUUCUUUGUCCUCUAACGAAACAACCAAGUUCUUCAUGGUUAGUUUUCGCAUAGCAAAUCCUCAUGUGUCGAUGAUGGCAAGCCGUAAGAACACCGUGGAUGAUGCGUUGUCGAGCUGGAUCGGUGUCGGAGAUAUAAAGCUAAAAUUUGUUAAGAAUUAUUCGGACUUGUCACCGUUGAGGAUAAAGAAUGCUAUUCAUUUUGCCGCAUCGACCUAUUCUGGCCCUCUAGCACUUGCCUUUUCGUCUUCGGCAACAUCAUGGUUCAUUGAUAUUCGAAUGAGUGGUGGCGAAUACCUGAAGCGGAAACUUGAAGUGCCUGACGUAUGUGCUCUGGAAUGGACGAAAGGCCAUCGCUUAGUUGUCGUUGAUCGUCGUGGUAACGCAUCUUUGUAUUCUGCGCUUGGCGAACGUGUUUCUGAGUUCCAUUUCGGAAAUGGCAUACGAGAAGUUCGGGAAGUACGAGUGUUUCCAACUACACAUGACUCUGGCGUUGCCAUCGUUGAUGAUCAGAGCAGGAUAUUUGUGGUCAACUCUGUCAGUGAACCUGUUGUUUGGAGCAUGCAUAGUUCCAGCAGAGAACACCCAAGUGCGUGGACAGUUUUACAGCCGAAAUCACAACUGACUCAAGUGAUUGUUGCUCACGGCACGACUUUCUACACAGGAUGUCAAGGAGAACAGUUGAGCAUUAUGGAUACUCCAUUUGCCGAAUCAGAUGGACAAUAUGCGCGAAUGGCUGUUAGCUGGGACCACUCAAUGAUAGCUCUCUAUCAUUCGUCCCGUUUGAUUCAGGUUGUUGCUGCAGAUCUGACCAGGCAAAUAUCGCGUAUCCAAGUUCCUGGCGAAGAUGCUAUAUAUCGUUUCGGUUGGGUAGGCAUAGAUGCACUCUUCCUACAACGAACCCCUUUGAUAGUGCAAUUUUUCAAUGUCCAUGAUGAAAAUGCUCAUUAUGGCUUGCAUACAGAGUUUGUUCAAAUUGGCGUGGAACCUGAUGGAGUCAAACUUUACUCAGAUACAGGAAUGGAGUUUGUCAGUCCAGUGUCACACGACGAAAAAGCAGUGCUUGGAGUGGCGUCAGCCUCGGACGGUGCUUUAUUGUAUGAAGCAGCUCAAUGGCUCAACACCAAUAAGAGUCAUCAGUCGUAUGAGUAUAUCAUGCAGAUUCGUGAUUUAUCGUUGGCUAUUGAUCAAUGCAUAUCUACAGCUAUGUCAGUAUGGUCAUCGGAUAUGCAGAAAGCCCUUCUUAAGGCUGCACAUUUUGGUGUAGCAUUCUCGACUGGUUUUGAUUCCUCACGCUUUGUACGGGUAAUGCGUGAGUUACGAGUCCUCAACGAGGUGCGUCGUAAUCGAAUAGGCAUGCCGAUUACAUGUGCUCAAUUACAUGAGCUGGGCGAAUCCUGUCUGAUCAAUCGCCUCAUUGAUAUUGGUGCCUAUGGCACAGCAGCAGAAAUAUGCAAAUGGCUCCGCAGAGACGAACAAGAAGGCAUUGAUCGAGUUUUGUUGGAAUGGGUGCGUCGUACAAUCAACGAAGCAGCAUCUUUGCCGAACAAGUCAGAACUGGACAUGGAAUCACUAGAGGAGAAAAUUGCAAGAAAACUGCUGAACUAUCCCCAUGUUUCAGUAGCAGAUGCUGCGAAACGAGCCAUUGACGCAAAGCUUCCCAAACUAGCACGUCUACUAAUCAAGCGUGAAAAAGAUGAUUCAAAACAGGUCAAUGUGUUGCUUGAAUUGGGAGAUAUACAAGAAGCUCUUGCAAGAGCUGCAGCUGCACAACGUCCUCAACUCAUGCAUCAGGUCGUCCGUCACCUCAUGAAAGAACAGAAACGUGCAGAUUACGAGCUGGCCAUCCGCAAAAUCCCGCUGGCUCAGUGCUUAUAUCAAGAUCUCGUACGGGAAGAAAGUGAUCGUGGUUCGGGCAAGAUGAUGCUCGCACUAUUAGAACAAGCAAGCGACUUCGAGCGGCAAACCAUGUUCCACUUGGAUGCUGUAGAAAAGGAAAUAAACCCGGGUGAGCGUCUGAAUUGCUUGCGGAGAGCCAAGGAAGCAGCAAAAAAUUUGGGUGAUAAAGGCAUAGAGGAACUACUCAGUGAUAUGGCUGCCUUUGCACCUGGGCAGUCAGAAAGAGGAGAAGAUCAUAUGACCAUACGAGAUACAGUUGUCGAGCACGCUGAUGAUGCGCAGAAAGUUGCUCAGUUCAAGCAUCAAGCUAAGCUCACCGAUAAGCAGGUUUGGUUGUGGACUAUAGAAGGACUAGCGAAGAAAGGUAAAAUGGAGCAGCUGUUCGAUAUGGCUCAAAAGAAGUCACCUGUCGGUUAUGUGCCAUUCAUCAAAGCAUGCAUGAAGUACCACCGUCAAGACGAGUGCAAGAAGUAUUUUGCAAAAGUUCAUGGUUACCAAGAUCUGAUUGCUGCCUACAUGGCUAUGGGGAAUUACGUCGGAGCUGCGAAGAUGGCUUUCGACCGGCAUGAUCGUGAUAUGCUACAACACGUCUUCAUGAAGUCUCAUGGGAACAAAGAAGCUUACUCUAAAGUGGCUCAACUAGUCAAAUCAUUGUAACUCACUUACUGCAAUCGCUUAUCACUUAUCCACCUGCUCUUCGCAAUGCUUUUACGAUACUUUUGCCUUUUAUUGUUGAGAUUACUUCUUAUAUAACUGUAUUUAUAUUUUUGAGCCACUUGCGUUAUUGUUGGUGCUUUCGCUUUGCCGCACUUUGCUAUCACGUUUAUUUACCUCUAACUAGAAUGAUAUCACUUGUCGAAUUUUAGUUUCCAAUUUGAAUUUAGGACAAGUCAUAAACUUUGUGAUAUUCCAUAUCCCUUCGCAAGGUCAGCAUUAAUAAAUCGUUGUCAUGCAUCGCCUAUGUAGGGGUUUAGCAUAAUUUGGGUUAAUGUUUUCCCAUUUCUGAUGUGUGUAU